UCAAACCGUGAGAAAACAAAUAAAAAUUUUCCAAGUGCCAUUGAUAAUAAAAAAAAAACAGAGAGAAGGAAAAAGAAAUUCCAGUUUUCAGUUCUUUUUUCAGUUUACAAAAUAUAUGUUAAAAUGAAUUUUAAUGUAAUCAUUUUUAUCAUUUCCACUCUCGCCUUAUUCCCAUUGCUAAUUGAAUGUUAUGGUUACAAUUGUCCCACAAACUCGGUGAUGGAUUAUUUCAUAUUGACAAAGCAGAUCCGUUCUUGUGUACUCACCUUAUUUACACAUUUGCGGGAUUGGAUAUCAACGGGCAUAUCAUAUCAUUAGAUUCUGAUAACGACAUCCGAGACAGAAAUUAUUAUAAGGCGCUCGAGCUACGUGAACAAAAUCCAUGCUUAAAAGUUCUAAUCGCAAUCGGAGGAUGGAACGAAGGAAGUGAGAAGUACUCAGUUCUUGCCGAAACGGAAGAAUCCAGAAGAAACUUUGCCGAUAAUGCUUUAAAGUUUCUCGUUUUCUACGGCUUCGAUGGCAUUGACAUUGAUUGGGAGUACCCGGGGCUGCGGGGUGGCAUUAAAGAAGAUAAAGAAAACUUUGUAAAGCUGGUAAGGACACUUAAGGCAAGACUGACGAAGCGUAACAAGAUGGUGACAGCUGCAUUAGGUGCCACGUCAGCUUAUAUCCGCGCGUCAUAUGCACCAAUGAGGGAGCUUUGCGAUGCUUUGGAUCUUGUAUUGAUAAUGAGCUAUGACUUUCACGAGGUCAAUCGUACUUCAAUUAACGCUCCAUUACAUCGAGAAAAGAAUCAGAAUCCAUUCACUGAAACAAUAGCUGAGAAUAUUGAUCUAAUGAUAGCCCAGGGAUGCAGACCCGAUAAGAUGGUUAUGGGAAUUCCAAUGUAUGGCAGAACUUACACUCUGAGAGAUGCGAAGAAUCAUGGAGUCGAUGCCCUUGUUGAAGGACUUGGAGAGCCUGGACCCUUUACAGUUUCUCACGGAUCAUUAGGCUUCAAUGAGAUCUGUUUGGUUCUCAGUCAUGGAAACUUUACGGUGAAAUACUUAAAAAAGAAUGCUUCAAAAAUAGCUUACAGUGGAAAGCAAUGGAUUGCUUAUGAUGAUCCUGAAACUGUCUAUCAAAAGACCAUGUUUGCGAUGGAGAAAGGUUUAGGUGGUGUUAUGUUCUGGACGAUUGACACUGACGAUUUUCGUGGCAAUUGUUACAACAUGUCGUAUCCUUUGAUUAACACAUCGAAGAAACUUAUUAAUGAUUAUACGAAAUCGCGUUCCUAAUCCAUUGAUAUUAUCCGAUAAUGCAGUCAUGCGAAAUUUAAACAUCGACCACAAACAACUUCCUUAUCAUUCUUGACUUAAAGCCAAUGCUUAUGUAUGCUUUAAGUGCUUUUCUUGUUGACUUUUAUCACGGCCAUGUAAUCUAUUAAAUUGUUCACAUAAACCAAUUUUCCUCGUUACAUUUUCGACAAAAAUUAAUUGAGUGUGAAAGCUUUUUUGUGUGUUGUUUUUCACUUCCAUCUAAGCAUCCAUUUUCCUGACUGAAUGUAAUCUUUCUAGGAAAAACAAGUCGCUCGUGCAAACUAUAGAGAAGGACAUUUAUCCAAAGAAUGUUUCUGCUGUUUUCCAUUGUGUUUGUUUCUAAAUCCUUAGCGGAGUAUCACGGUGAUAAUUUUAUUUCCUUCCAUUAGUUUUUUCCGGAUGACACAGAAACAACUUUGCUUUCUUUUUUGUAUACGGUAAAUGUGAUUUGCUGCUUCAGCUCAAUCCAAGACCAAUGUUUUGUAUUUUCUCAAUAAACAGAUUAUCUACGUUUUAAUAAAUUAAAAACAUCAGCAGGUAAAAUUUCUGGUAGAAAUCAUUGAACUUUCCCUCAUCGAUAUUUAUUUUUGUAUUUCUUGAAGCAACAAAUGUUGUUAUUUGUACAAGAUGUUAAGUAAUUUUCCUUCCCAUCGUCUUCAUUUUUAUCAGAAAAUUAAUAUUUUAAAUCUUAAUUCUUCCUGAUAACAAUCAAUUUAAGAAUUUAUGGGAAAUUGUCGACAGCAAUAUCAGUCACGUAGUUAAACAAACUAAGGAAACUUUAUUAAAAACUUUCACCAUUUUAAUUUCAUUUUUAGAGAAAAAAAUAUUAAAAAACUUAAAUAAAAGAUUAAAACGGAAAUUGACAUAAGCAAUAAAAAAGGAAAAAAAUUUGAAUG